AUGUCUAUUAUUGCCUCCAGCCCUCUGCCACUGCUCGGGAAGCUCGAGUCCGGCCAUGCCCAAAAAAAGUCCUAUACCCUGUCUGACCUCAUCAUCGACAUCAAACAACACCUGGGUAGCUCUUCAGGCAUUAGUUCUAGCGAUGUCGACGAGGAACACCUAAGGAAACUCCUCCAAAAAUAUCAAUCAAACUGCGAGGAUUGGCUACCAUUCUUCUACAAUGAUAAAUCAAAGGCCUAUACUCGCAACGCCAUUGAAAACAUAAAUCAAAAGGCCAAUAUUUUGUUGCUAGUGUGGAAUCCAGGGAAAGGCUCGCCAAUCCACGACCAUGCAAAUGCGCAUUGCUUGAUGAAAAUCUUGGCUGGCAGCUUGACCGAGACCGUCUAUCGGCCGUGCGAGAAUCACGCCUCGGAUUCGCGGCCUCUGGAGGAAGAAUCUGCUCGCACGUAUGGAGUCAACGAAGUAGCGUACAUAAGCGAUCAGAUUGGAUUGCAUCGCGUGGCCAAUCCGAGCCCUGACCAUAUUGCUGUGUCACUGCACCUAUAUACACCCCCAAAUGCGGCCGACUAUGGUUAUCAUAUCUACAAUGCCCAGACUGGGAAACCUACUUUCGUUCAACAAGCAAAGGCGCAUAUAUCGAAGGAUUAA